ACUAUCCGUUACAAGCCCUUCCAACUUUCCCCUUUUAAUUCGAAUUUCAAAAUUCAAACGCCUCCUCGUAUUUUCCCACAACGUAGAACCCCAAGCAUCCCCCUAAUCUCCCUCCAAUUUCGUUUUCCAAUCAAACCCAUCUCUCUCUCUCUCUCUCUCUCUCUCUCUCUCUCUCUGUUUUUGGUCUCCUGACAAGCAGAGAUUUCAGACAAUCUCUCUAGCAGCAGAAAACAGAGGCCUUUCUCCAAUGGGUGGUUCGGGAACGAAGUGGAUCAAGUCACUGAUCGGUCACAACAAGUCCAACACAAACUACCCAGAAAAUGGUAAGGGCCGAAAGUGGAAGCUGUGGAGGACCGCUUCGGGUGGUUCGAAAGGAGCCCAUUUGGGUGCAAUGUCUGAGGCCUCCGAUUCUUCUUCGUCUGGAGUUGAUAGUGCGUUUUAUGCAGCUGUGGCUACUGUGGUUCGAGCUCAAACCAAGGAUUUUGUGGUGGUUAGGCGAGAAUGGGCUGCGAUUCGAAUCCAGACCAUGUUUCGGGCCUUUUUGGCAAGACAGGCUUUGAGGGCCUUGAAAGCAGUAGUGAGAUUACAAGCUAUAUUCCGAGGUAGGCAGGUCAGAAAGCAGGCUGCUGUAACACUAAGGUGUAUGCAGGCUCUUGUUCGAGCUCAGGCCCGAGUAAGGGCUUCCUCUGUCCAAACAUCAGCCCAAGAUCAGCCCGUGGAGAACUCGCUCGAUAAAAACCUCAAACACGCUGAUCCAAUUAAGCAAGCUGAGGGCGGGUGGUGUGACAGCCCUGGAACAGCAGCACAAGUGAGGGCAAAGCUACAAAUGAAGCAGCAAGGAGCCAUCAAGAGGGAGAGAGCAAUUGCCUACAUUAUAUCUAAACAGCCAUUAGGAACAAACACCAGCUCAACCAGGAGAAACAACCUAGAUAAGAACAAUUCAGGAUCGAGCUGGUUAGAUGGUUGGAUAGCAUCCAAGCCUUGGGAAAGCAGAUUGGUGGAAGAAAUGAAGACUGAUCAAUCAGAAUCUACUCCUAAAUAUAAGAAAUACGACGACCACAUAGUUGGCUCUCGUGCUAGUUUUUCUGAGUUUGAUUCUGUGAAGGUUACGCGGAACAAUGUUUCAACAAGAAUAACUGCUAAGCCUCCUAUGAGUGGCCAAAUUACUCGCUCAACCUCUGACCCGUGUUCUGAAUUUUUGUACGAUGAGAGCUCCACAUCCAAUUCCUACUCUUCGAAUUCUGAGAGAACUCCACGGUCUAGCAAUACCCAAUUGGAAGGUGGAAACAGUAAUAGACCAAGCUACAUGAAUCUCACAAAGUCAAUCAGGGCGAAGCAGAGGGGUUGGCAGAAGCCAUCUCACAACAUGAAGAAGCUAGUGAAGGGGAAUCCUCAGCUUCAUAAGAAGACAAUGCAACUUUCUUGUGGGGAUACGCGGAGUAAUGCUGGAUCUGAUCUCUACGCGGUUUCUUUGUGCAAUGAUCUUUACCCACCACCAACGCAUUUUGAUGGAUAUGACUAGGUGAAAAAGUCGACACGGGAAGUAAACAAGAUUGACAGUUGAUAUACUCAUUUACAAAUCUUGGGACACCUUUUGGGAUUUUCAACAGCUUGUUGUACUAGAUAGGUUUCUUGGGAUUGCUCUUUUGCCAUCUCUGGUCAAAAAGAGUGAUGCCGGUGUAAUGUAUGAAGUUUAGAUUUGACAUAAAGUGGAGUUAUUACAUAGGGUUGGCGAAACAUAGUUUCUGGUUUUCAUAUAGAUGCCUUGAGGAAUUCUCUUUUGUGGUGAAUGACAUGUACUGUUCUUGUAAGAUUGUGGUUUUGGCAAUCAUCAACAGUGCUGCAUGGAUAUGUUUCCCAAGUCAAUGGGUUCUCCGUGGCUAA